AUACACACAGAAAACGCCGCAGACUCAGUGAUGUUCUUGCUCAUAAGCUGCUUGGCUCUUGUGGCCUCUACACUGGGGUGUGGAGUGCCCAGUAUUAAGCCACAAGUGAGUGGCUACAACAAGAUCGUGAAUGGGGAGAACGCUGUGUCUGGGUCGUGGCCCUGGCAGGUCUCACUCCAGGAUAGCAGAGGUUUUCACUUCUGUGGAGGAUCCCUGAUCAGUCAAUACUGGGUGGUCACUGCUGCUCACUGCCGUGUGUCUCCAACGAGUCAUUAUGUGAUUCUGGGAGAGCACGAUCGUCAGUACAACAGUGAGCCGAUCCAGGUCAAGAACAUUGCUCGGGCCAUCACUCACUCCUCCUACAACGCCAACAACUUCAACAAUGACAUCACACUGCUGAAGCUGUCCUCGCCGGCACAGCUGACGACCCGUGUUUCUCCGGUUUGCCUGGCCUCCUCCAGCUUGAGCAUCCCCUCUGGGACCAAGUGUGUCACCACCGGUUGGGGCAAGACUGGACAAACUUCAUCCCCUCGUUACCUCCAGCAGACUGCCCUGCCUCUGAUGAGCCCUGAUCAGUGCAAAUCUUACUGGGGUUACAACAGAAUCACUGAUGCUAUGAUCUGCGCUGGAGCCUCUGGAGUCUCCUCUUGUCAGGGUGACUCUGGUGGACCUCUGGUCUGUGAGGCUUCUGGGGGUGUGUGGACCCAGGUGGGUAUUGUAUCAUGGGGAACCUCUAACUGCAACGUGUACGCCCCCGCCGUCUACGCCCGUGUGUCCUACCUCCGCAACUGGAUCGACCAGACUGUUGCUUACAACUAAAGGGGUUACCCAAAAAACACUGUCAUUUUAUGCUAAAUAAAACUGAAUAAACCAGAUGUAUUGAGUCAGUGCAACUGACCUCACUCUA